AGCACUAUACUGGCUUCGUCCAUCAUAAACACAUUGUGGUUUGUUUUGGGACAAGAAAGAAAGAGUUAUAUCUUUGUAAACGGACUUCUAGCCGAAUACCAUCUCUUGUAGAAGGUAUGGACUCUGGAGAUGAAGAUGUGCUGUACGAAGAGGACCAAGAUGACAGCGCAGAUGAGUCGCCGUCCGAAGAAGCUGAAAAUAGCGAUUUUGAUAUCGACUGUGAAGAUCCAUCGACCCCAAAAAGACCACAUUUAAACGACGAUUUCCACUAUGAAUGUUUGACUCCCGAAGCUUUAGUAUCCUACAUGAACGAAAUAAUCGAUGAAGUCAAUAGCGUUUUUCAAUUACCAAGGGCAACUGCCAGGAUCUUGCUGAGCCACUUUAAGUGGGACAGAGAAAAGUUGCUGGAAAGAUACUACAGUGGAAAUCAGGAAAGCUUGUUUACAGAAGCACAUAUUGUCUUUCCAAGUAAGACCAGUCAUUCAUCUAGGGCUAACACAAGAUCACAACCAUCUGAGUUACUGUGUGAAAUAUGUCUAUCACUUAUCCCUGCCUCAACCUUUACUGGAUUAGAAUGUAGUCAUAAGUUUUGUCCAAGAUGUUGGAAAGAAUACUUAACAACAAAAAUUAUAGAUGAGCAUAUGGGUGAGAAUAUUUCUUGCCCUGCUAGUAAAUGUGAUAUUCUAGUAGAUGAAGCAUUUGUAGGACAAAUAGUGAGAGACCCUAAAGUAAAAACMCAAUAUCACCAUGUCAUUGCUAACAGCUUUGUUGUGAAUAAUCGUCUAAUGAAGUGGUGCCCAGGACCAGACUGUCACAAUGCUAUCAAGGCUAACUACCAUGAUGCUUUGCCAGUUACUUGUUUGUGUGGAUAUACUUUUUGUUUUGGUUGCUCAGAGCCAGUUCAUGAACCUGUUAAAUGUUUGUGGUUGAAAAAGUGGAUAAAAAAGACCAAUGAUGAUAGUGAAACAUCCAAUUGGAUCUCAGCCAAUACAAAAGAAUGUCCCAAAUGUAAUGUUACAAUAGAAAAAAAUGGAGGCUGUAAUCACAUGGUCUGUAGGAAUAACAAUUGUAAGGCUGAUUUCUGUUGGGUGUGUCUAGGCCCAUGGGAGCCCCAUGGUUCUAGUUGGUACAGCUGUAAUCGUUAUGAUGAAAAGGAAGCACAGAGUGCAAGGGACUCACAAUCACGUUCAAGAGCAGCCCUAGAAAGAUAUCUCUUCUACUGCAACAGAUACAUGAACCACGCACAGAGCGCUAAGUUUGAAAGCAAACUGUAUGCACAGGUCAARCAAAAAAUGGAAGAAAUGCAACAACAUAACAUGUCAUGGAUAGAGGUUCAGUUUUUAAGGAAAGCUGUUGAUGUGCUGUGCCAGUGCCGUAAUACUCUUAAAUACACCUACGUCUUUGCAUUCUAUUUAAAAAAGAACAACCAAUCAGUCAUAUUUGAGAUACUGUGAAGCYAGAAGAAAAGCCUUACUGGACCAUGUAUAUGAAGGAUAUGAUACAGAUAUCUGGGAAUAUAAAGACUAUGAUUGAGAUACAUCAGACAGACUACAUGAAGGAUGAACCUCCAGUCAGUCGUGUGUGUUUUCCCUCCUCGAUAAAACGUUUUGUUGCUGGAUUUACCGUUGUCUUGACAACUAACUAGAGCGAUCGGCAAUAAAGUAAUCCUGUACAUUUUAUAASUUCGUUAAUGUUACAUUGUAAGUAAACCAAGGCCUUUCAAACAAUACAAAUUAURCCAUUAGCAAGAAAAGAUUGUUUAUUAUUUAUCACUUCAAUGGUAUUUGAAGGACAAUGGUCACAUUGGUCGAUGGAUUGUUUGUUUGGCCUUGUAAUGAUGCRCGUGGUUAGGACGAUACACCACCUCCCGUCCCCCACACACCUUGUUCCAAGGACACUGUCCAAGGUUUGUUUGUCGAGUGCGAUCGUUAUAGCGAAACUGAGCAAUGCCAGAAGCUAAUAACUAAAAACAUUCCAUUUUUUAAACGUAUGAAGUUUUCCUUUAGCAGCAUAAUGCAYACAUUAGGAUUGUAUCGAAUGAAGUCUUAGAUGCUACUUGUUGGUAGUAUGCGAUUCCAAGCCUUUCGCUGUCUACAGCAUCGUACAUUGGCSUUACACUUGAUCGCUCAGCGUUUCACAACUCUGUGUUCCGUGUUCAAUCUUCAUUCCCUGACGAUGCUGUAGACAGCGAAAGCUUGGAAGCACAGACUACCAACUUACUGAUAACAGACUUCAUUCGAUACAAUACUAAUAUUCAUUGUUUUCUCACCAAUGUGGUCAAAAAGGUUUUUACGAGAAUUUUAAGAUAAAAUGCACUAUGCUGAUUCCGUUCGUCGGCCCUUUCUGUCGAUUGUUUUUUGUUUUUUGUUUUUUUAUCGCUAAUUUGGGCGACAAACGGAAAGAUCGGAGACUGAAACUACAGCUUAUGGAAUCAGUGAUAAAAUGUUGAUCAUCUAGUAAAGUGGCAAUUCUUUAGAUUGAUGUGAUUGAAAUAAACCUUGGACAGCGUCCCAGAAAUGAUGUUACUCACUCUACACAGUUUUGAUACUAUGUUGACGUUAUAGGCCUUUUGCAUGAAGCGGUCACAUGGUACAAAAUCCGCCAUACUGGAUGGCAAAAUACCCACUGGGAUUUUCAAAACAAAGAUAAGUCAAGCUUGGCGGGCUGYGUUCCUUUUGUUUUUGAGGUUGUUUACAUUCUUUUGCCAUCCAUCCAGUACAAUUUGUAGAAUGUAGUACGGUGUGCCAAACUGACCCAUAAAAUCUACCGGUGUUUCGGACAACGCGUGUUGGCGUUUGUGAAAUCGUUGUAGUAGAAUAAAGUUGAGUGCUCUGUUUUUCGGGGGAAAACCUGUAAAGUGAAGGCUCUAAACCCGUAAAAUUUAUAGUAAUUAUCAUAAACACUUUCCAGACAUCAUUCGGUGUCCACCUUAUUGCAAAAAUAUUAUGAAAAAAAAGAACUUAAGUGCUUUAGGACGUAAUCCAAUUACAGUAGAUAGUCAUGGUUCAGCUUGACUAGAAAUCUUCCCCAAAUCUAGUCAGGACAACGUUUUGCGAUAAGGUAUAAAUAAAAAKUAGAUGUAUUAGUAACUAUGGGACGGUUGUACGAAUUUAGCCACCGGAUAAAGUUGCAUGGAUUUUAUCCCCUGGAUAAAGAUUUAUCCGGUGGAUAGUGGCAAUCGCACUUCGUACAACCCGCCCCAAUGUAGCAUAUUUAUCAUGGUAACAGUGUGAGUUCGGUUUAAUGAAACAGAAGCAAUUAAUGUGUAUUAUUCUAGCAUGCAUUAAACGGGUUUUGUGCCUUCACUAAUAAAUACUGACAUUGGAAGUAAUAUAGAUAUAAAGAGAGAUUGUAGAUAUGGACACAUAUAACUUACAAAUAAACAGUUUUCCAGUAUG